AUGUGGGAGCUGGCCGUCUUCCGCGGUACGACAUUGGAGAUCUUCCGCUUCCAAGAUGCGCAGUUUGUCCCGGUAUGCACCGAGCAGAUCCGCGAACAGGUUUUUGGCUCGGUGGCACAUUGUUCCGUUACCAUCGUGGAAGAUGUGACGGGGCGCAGGGACAUGGAUGUGAUGGCCAUCAAUCGGAUUGACCCUGUUCGCUCGGCCUCAUUGCAUUGCCAGUUGCAGUUGGCAGGCUACGAUGUCCAAACCAAGGAGCUGCGAUGGAUUGCCACGGCCGAUAUGGGCAGCGCUGCCAUCGCAGGGACAGCGCAGGCCCCUGCUGUCCAGUGGACCAUCUCUUCGAUCGCUGGGUCUGCACCAGCAGGAACCAUCCUGCUGCUACUCUUCGAACGGAAAGUUUACCUGUACGGGAAUGUCGUGGCCGUUGCCGAUCUCGAUGAUUUUAUGGAUCCACAGCAGCCGGUCCCGGUUGAUUUGCGUUUCAGCCGCAUGUGGUUCGCAAUUCGCUGUGCAUUUGGGGACUUUCCCUGGUCUCACAUUGCAUCCGGAGAGGGGGGCUCGACCUUCUUGAAAGCUGCGGGGCGAAUGUUUUUCACGCAAGUGGAUGAGCAGAUUAUUGGCAUGGAGUUCCUUGAGCGCCUCGCUGCAGCCGCAACUUGGCUCGCUUCCACUUGCAGGGUUGGCAAGGACGACAGCAUCGAGACACUUGCAGCUCUUCAUGCCAAUGGCGGCAAAGAGGAGGGGGUUCAGGCAGCUGGACCUUUCCUCCCUGAUGAGGCUGGGCCAAAGAGCUUGUCCGUGGUCCAAUCCGGCCAGCCGAGGCCAGUAAAGGAGCAAGGCCCGAAGGACGCGGCUUCGCUGGGGGAAGUUGGCGCCUGGGCGGACGUGAGAACUGAGAGCAUGAGUCCAGCCGGGCAACGAGACAACGAUGGCAGCGAGGCUUCCAACCGGUGGGCCGCGCAACAGCCACAGACUCCCGCCGACGCUUCAGCAAGGCGGGUGACUGAAGCCACACUCAUCGCAACCAUCCCUUCUGCUGCUGGAGAGUGGGCUUCGUGCAAUACUCGCCGCUUGGCUGGCCACAAUAUAGUGCAGAUUCAACACAAGCUUUCGACUCCGAACAUCAAUCGACCCGUGGUAGUCGGUCCGACCUUCGUGGCCCUCUACGAUGCGGAGCUUCGGCCAUUGGGCGAGCUGCGAGCUGCCGGACCUCAGGUACCCACGCGGCUUGCAUGCGCGAACACCGCUCGAACUCGCUGGCUCAUCAGUGGGGCAUACGGAGAUCUCUAUUUGUUGCGGCUGGAGGCGUCCAGCGAGAAAGAUGGGAUUAGCCCGCUGGUCGUGCAGUAUUUGGGCAGGUCAGUUCCUGCCUCUGGCAUUGCAGUUUUUCAUGCUGGAAAAUACAUGUUCGUCGGGUCCAAGGCAACUGACUCCGAAGUGUUGCGGCUAGGUCAGCCGAGGAAAGACGCUCCCGCCUCCGCUGUCACUGCGGCAGGGCGCGUGCGGAAGAAUCUGGAGGAUGCUUUUGAGGUCGUUGACACAUGGACCAACCUCGGACCCAUCACCGACUUCUGCACCAAGGAUGUGGAGGGCCUGGCCUCAAGCGAGCUCAUGACCUGCAGCGGCGUCGGCGACGUUGGAUCCGUCCGCUUCGUACGGCUGGGAAUUCCCGUCGAAGAGCUGGGUAGAUCUGCAGGAUUCAACGCUGUCCUCGGGCUUUGGCCGCUGGGCUCGCAUCACUUGGCAAUAUCCCGGCCUGGUCGGAGCGAUGUGCUGGCUGCUAAAGGCGAACAGGUCGAGGCAAUUUCGUUGGAGCAGGAGUCGGGUUUUCGGCAUCAUGAGGAGUCGCUCUUCUGCUGCGGCGGUUUGGCCGUGGCGGAUGGCAAAGAAUUCGCAUUGCAGGUCACGGCAUCUGGGGCAUGGGCAUCCAGCCUGACUUUGGAGAGAAUUCGAGCAGUUGCACAGUGGUCUGUCGAGGGGUUCCAGGUUACUGUGGCUGCAGAACUGCGGGUGUGCAGCGCUGAAGCGAUUGCAGGAGUACUUGUCGCAUCGGCAGCUGGAGAUGUUCGGGCGAUCGAACUUCGCGAAGCAGAAGGAAACUACGAGAUGGCAGUGAGUGCCUCGUGGCAGCUACCAGGCGAACCCAGCUGUCUGAGCAGCAGACACGAGCUGCUGCUUGCGGGGCUAUGGACUGACGAGCUUUGCAUUUUCAAAAGUUCCACAGAGGUGCAGCGUCUCCCCUUGCCAACGCUGCCUUGGUCCACGACCUCCGCCUUCAUCGAAUCGGAGCUCCAGCUGUUUGCUGGCCUCCGGGACGGGCGCCUUCUCUGCGCCACGGACGACAGCGGAACAUGGAAGGUCGCCCGCAUCGUUUCUGUAGGAAUACGCCCCUGCAAGCUCUUGGUGCUGCCAAGCUUCUCAUCGCGCGAGUCCUCCUCAUUUGUCGGACCACAGCUCCAGGGGCAAUGUGGGCAAGCGGUUGCCCCAACACGUCAGGCGAAGGAGAUGCUGCUAGCCGUCAGCGGGCAUGGUGUGAUUCUGCAGGCGCGGCAACCGUUCCGCGUCGUCCACUCGCAGAUCUGCUUGCCAAACAUCUCCCAUGCAGCCUUCUUCGAGCGCGGUUUCGGUGGUGUUUCGAACGCCAUGGCCUUCAUCAGCCAAGAGAAAUUGGUGUUUGCGCUGCUCCAAAGUGGCCAGCGCAUGCAGGUGGAAACACUCCACCUGCGUGGGGCACCGCACAGGAUGGCCUACCAUCAGUCCACCGGGAUUUGUGCCGUGGGCUGCUACAGCGUCGGAUGGCCAAUGCCCGCGUUGAGUCUCUCCGCACCGGCAAAUUCCCGCGCCUCCAUCGUGUUCGUCAAUUCCGAGACUGCCAGUGUGCUGGACACCAUGGACCUUGCUCAGGAGGAGCAAGUGGCAUCAAUGGUCUCCGUGUUCUUUCAGGGCGAUCCAACUGAGUACAUAGCUGUUGGCACUGCCUUCGUUCAUGAACGUGAGCCGGAACCGUCAAGAGGGCAGGUUCGGCUCCUGGCCCCAUGCGAAGCGGCCAGCUCAAGCGCAAGCAACUCCCAGGUCUUGCCUCCCUUCAGGGAGGUGGCGUGCUUGGAGGUGGCAGGCGCAGUCUACGCUUUGCUCCCACUUGCAGGGAAGCUCCUCGGGGCGGUCAACAACCGCCUCCAGCUUUGGAAGCUGUCUCACGAGACUGGCGAGGAUCGCCUUCACCUGGCGGAGGUUCAGCGGCACCACGCUGGCCUCAUCAUUCUGGACUUGCAAGCGAGAGGAAAUGACGUCCUCGUCGGCGACAUCAUGCGUUCAGUCAGCCUACUGCGCUUGAACGAGUCACAGGAGCCUUCUUUUGAAGUCCUGGCUUAUGACCAGCUGUCUGCUUGGUCGACUGCUGUGGACAUGCUUUCAGAAACUCACUUCUUGUGCGCGGACGACUGCGGCAACCUGAUGUCGCUGGUCCCAGGCGAAGUGACGAACGCUCAACCAGACCAGGCGACUUCGGAGGUGAAGAUCUUGGAGCGGAUGGGUCGGCUGCACACUGGAGAGUUUGUGAACCGCUUCCGGAAAGGAAGCCUGGGAUUGAAAGUGAGCACGCAUCAAAAGACAACGAGCACCAUUUGGGCCAGCGUAUCUGGUGCUUUUGGCCUCGUCAUCCCCCUUUCUUGCGACAAAAGUUUCACGCGCCUCUUGAUGCUACAGGACUCCAUGGCAAAGCGGUUGCAAUCUCCUUUUUCUCAUGGCGACUGGCGUGAUGUUCGAUUGGACCUGCAGGGUGAGACGGCGGCACACGAGGGAUUUGUUGACGGAGACCUGGUCGAGCGCUUCUUGGAGAUACCACAGGAUGAGCAGGAGGUGGUGGCUGCAGAGCUGGCAGAGAAGGGACUGUUGAGUCAUGAGAAUCCGCUGGAGGAGCUGCUGCGCGAAGUGGAGACUCUGUGGCAACUGCACUAG